GCAACGCGCGUUCCGAGGUAUGGGGCGUGGCCACAAGCGUCAUCGACACACGCCUCGGUGCGCGCUUGGCAGAUUUUCUUCCAGUUUACUCGGCACGCGCAUCGGAACCUCGGCACAGUCGGGCACGUCACUACUAGACACUAGCAUGGAGAAGAAACAUAUCACGACUUUAAGGGACGUCUGCUUGAAAGCCGUCCAUUGUCAUUUCUGUUUACAAAAUGUGGGCGCAGGGCAGAUUCUCGAUCUGCCAGCAGACCUAUUGAAAGAUCUCCUUCCUUUCAUGAACGUGUGUCAGCUGGAUGAGCUUCAGACUGGCCUUGAGCUCAAAGGAGUGUCCACCUACUCUGCAUGGAUGAAGAUGUACCGAAAGUUGGUGGUGAGGGAGCAGCAAAGGACCUUUGCCACUUCGCAAGACGUCCAAGAGGAAGUGAUGCGACAGAUGUUUGCCCAGUUUCUCCAUCAUCCGUCCAACGAGUCGGGCCUCCGGAGUUCCAUCCGCUUGCCCACAUUCCUGUCGACGGCGGUCAAGUACGUCAGCCACGUGAGGCUGAGUCGUUACAUCGACCCCCUCGUGAGCUUGCUCGUGGAGGAGCCCCUUCUCUCCAGUUUGGAGAAGACGGUGGAGUUGCUGCAGUUUGAGUGGGUAGGCCCUCACGUGUCUCAGGAUUUGGCUGAAGUACUGAACUUCUUGGUACAUCGCUUUGUGGACCACGGCGUGGUUAAACACCUCAUCCUGAACUGUCCCUCCCCCAACUUCUUGACCUCGCUGUUCAAAGAACGCUGCCAUCGGUAUAAACCUGUCAUACCGUCGCAACCCCGUGAAAGUUUGAUGAACUUAAUGUCUGAUGAAGAUGGUCCCUGCAACAAAAAAUUGAGGUGGGAUAAGACGGCGUGCUCGGUCUUGCAUCGUUGCAUAGACUUUUCUCCCGGCUGCAGGACGCCCUGUCAAGAUUUAAAGAUCCAAAGUCUCGAAGUAGCUGUUGAUAACACGGAGCACUUUUUGGACAUCUUUGAUCUCCUGCCCACGUUUGACAGCCUGACCACUCUGACGCUGAAAACGCCAUACAGAUAUUUCUUUCCCAUCCGGAUGAUCGAGGAAGGCCUGGCAAGUGCGCUGGUGUCUCUGUCCUCACGUCCCCACCGCUCCCUCCGCCACUUGGCCCUUUCCUUACUGCAGCGGGGGGAACCGCUGUGCGCCCUGCUGCAAGCGUAUCGGGAGCUGAAGGAGCUGGAUGUGGAGAUCUUCAUGGAAGGCAAGAGGAAUGACCAAGGCAAAAUGGAGCUGGAAGGUGAAGUUCUCCUGGAGCGCCUGUCGGUCAACAUGGGCAGGAAACGGCACGACGCUGACUUCCUCGUGAAGGUGUUGAGGGCGUGCCCGCACCUGCUCUCGCUGGAGGUCUCGGUUAUGCCCUUGCCCAGAGGCCACUCUCAGAAGGUUCUCAUCAACACAAUCGCAGAGUCAAACGUUGGCCUGACGAGUCUCUGCUUGUGGGACCUCAACUUGUCCGAUUGUUUGGAGGAGAUCGUCGAGAUGCUGAGGGUUUGCAAGCUGGAAGAGCUCCACCUUGCAGACUGCCGCCUUCUGGAGGGCGCUGCGGACAAGGCUGAAAGUCUGCGCCAGCUGGUGGACGCCGUCAAGACUGUGCCGUCCCUGCGCAAGCUCACCUUGUCUAACAAUGGCCUCGCCGAAGGUGUUCACGUGUUGGCUCAGCUCUUCUCCGGACCCACGCCCAGCUUACUGGAGUACCUCCAUCUUGGAACCAACUUCAUUCAGCCAGCAGACUUGCUGCGCUUUGCUCAAGCUUUGAGCUCGCAUCCUCCGCCGCGCCAUCUCAACCUGGACAUCUCGACCCACCCGAGAGAUUGCAACUUCACGAAGUGGGGGGAGGGGCUCGACAAGCUCCGCUCCUUCUGUCAUGUCCUGACCGACAAUUGGCGUAGGUGAAACGCCAUGGCCGAGCGACUACAUCCGCGACAUGAGAGGCGGCCCGAGGACGCGUACGUACCAAGCGGAGAAAGUCUUUGAUUGAAGCAGAACGUCUGCAACCUGAUCAGCCUUUGCAGAAGUGACACCGGCAUGAUCGCCGUCGUGCUGGUUUGUAGCAUUUUUCGCUGUCGUCGUCGUCGUCCAGUCCUCGAAUCAACUUGUUAGGCUGCCAAAAUGUUUGACAUUAACCGGGACAUAAAUAAGUUGGGAUUCAAAUCAAGACAUAUAUAUCAUGUGUUCAGUGUUGAACGUGACAUUUUAGUGAUAAAGACCAAAGGGCAGAAAUGGGGAAGUCGAGUAAAGCAGAAUGUCCGUCCCAAUGGGUGGUGGUAGCGAGCGGAAAUCGAAGCGUGCAAACGGGAAAACAGAAACCAGCUGGAACUAGUUUGAAUGGGAAGAAAACACCUCCUUGAACUCCCCAAUAGCAGAGUUAGAAAAGAAAGUGCCUCCGAAAUUGGAGGCUCUUUGCUUUUGAGAGCGUUCCCCCUUUUUAUAUUCCUUUUUUGACAAUUUGAGGAUUGUAACCCUUUUCAUUCGGGUUUUACCUGGAUGGAUUGUUUUGAAGGAUUUCUGCUCAGGCUGCAUGUUGGUCGAAUUCAUUUUGUCCAAUUGUCUAAUUCCUUUGUUGCCAUUGAUUCCAAUUUUGACGAUUUUACGGUUAUGUUCUAAUUUUACUUCUUUUCCACUUUGCUGUCUUGCCUCUUAGCGAAUUAAAUCUUUUAUUUCACUUGACACUAUUUUUGUAGUUCUUGUGCACUUUUGUUUUCUCGCUUGCCUGACAUGAAAUCAGACGAAACUUUCCCCUGUUCUAGGUGACUAGGAUUACCCACAUUAAUCCUAGUUAAUAAAACAGAAUAAUGAAACUUCUCAUUUCAGCUGUAGCGAUAAUAUAUCCAUGUACCGGUAAAUAGACAUACCCUAUAAAUGGACCUUUAUAUAGAAAGCACCAUAUGAUCCAGUAAAUAGACACGCCCGUGGGCAGGCAAAUGGACAACCUUUUUCCACGUGUUGGCCUCAACUGUGGGUGUUAGGACUUGUCGGUCCUCUAGAGGGCAGCAUUUAUUGGGCGGCCAGCCUUUUGGCUGCCUGCAAAGGGAACACCGCAACGAAAAUGUUGCUCUCUCAUCUUUCUCGCUUGCCGGCCUCUGCUGCCUCCCGCAAUCUGUCACCAUCUCGAGGGAGGCGCUCAUGUUUGUCGUUGCUCUUGAAAUAACCUCUUUAUUCUGCAGGACGCUUUCAUUUCAAGACUAGUUUUUUUUUUCCUUUCCAGUCCUGGCACCCUUAUCUUGCCUACUUGCAGUCAAAAAACCUUUUUUUCGCAGUGUGUAACCAAGAGGCUGAGGAAAUUUACCUAUUCGCACCCAUGUGCAGGUCUUUGUGUUUGUUCUGUCACGCCAUAGGAUGGCGUUUAAAACAACAUGCUCCAAAAGGACCAGGCCAGAGGAUUUGUUUUGACAGCGAGGUUGAAUAAAAGGUAGAUAAAGGUCAUAAAUGUUAUUUUUAAAGGACACCAAUUCGUGAAAUAGAAAUCUGAAAUAAAUCAAAAGGCUGAGCAACUCUACUUCCCUUGUAGUAUGUCAACACGAGGGCGACAAGUUCGUGACAACGAUGGAAGCACUCCGUCUGAUUUACAAUGAUGACUUGUCAUGGAGUCUUUCUUCCUAAGGAUUCAAGUCUGGGCACGCUCAGUGUUCAAGCUGAUAAGAGUCACAAGGCCUGCUUCCUGUGGGAGUUGCCACGGCAACCAGCAUCUCAGCAUAGAGCCCAAAGGCGUACAAAAAAAAUACAACUCCACUCGGACCAGUAAAUAGUCACAUCCCCGCCUGUGCUCCAAUAAAUAAGCACACCCAUGCCCCAGUAACUAGCCUCAUCCCUGGUCAGUGAAUAAAUACACAGCGAUGGGUUCGCAAAUGAGCACAUCUAUGGGCUAUUAAAUCCUACAUCCUUUGGCCAGCAAAUAGACACAUCCUUGGGCAUGUAUAUGUACAUCCAUGUCCCAGUAAGUAGAUGCAUCCACGUGGUAAUAAAACAGUCUGUGGGCCCGUUCACGGACAUAUCUCUGCAAUCCAGUAAGUAGACACCUACCUGCUUGUGCUCCAGCAAAUAGACAUGCCCUGGGCACUGUAAAUAGCGCCAUCUCUAGGCCUGUCUAUGUACAUCCACGUAGCAAUAAGUGUGACAUUUUAUGAAUUCCAAGUAAUUUACCGUAAUAAGUUGUAGUAUGGAUGCCAAUGUCAUCGCAGCUUGGCAAAAGUUUGAAGAUGGGAAGUCUUUUCAUUUGAAAUGUGAGUGACAAAAAUUAGAUGUGCCUUUAUUGUGGCGGGUAGAGGCAGGAACAUGAAUGAUUGAUGUUAUGGAAAGAAAGAAGGGAUAAAAAAAAAAAAAAGCUACUGGAAAGUUUGGACUUCACAGAGCUGCCAAGACUGACUGCCAUCCAGUCCUCAAUCUGUCAGGAAAGAACAAGAAGUCGGCUUCUCCUCCAUCUUUGUUGUUCUUUUUCAUCUUUCAGUGCCAAAAAAUACGGCUUUUGCGAGCACUUGGAAAAGUGAAAGUGGAGCAGCAGAUUUGCGCCUUGCAGCGCAGGCGCCCAAAUGCAAACGACGAGCAGGAUGGACCGAGGCGCUCAGAUGGGAAAACCAAAAACACGGGCGUUAUUUUGUGCGACGAACUGUCAAACCGAGUGUGCUUGGGACCAAAACCUGAUAACCGAGAUCAGAGAUUUCCAAAGAGUCUUACAGUUUAAUGAUGGUUUAAACCCCAAAUAUAAGCCAAAGUAUGUCUAUGACAGAACUUUAAUAUCAUUUGGAACCCCUCUUCCAACAUUACCCUUGAGCAAGUGUGUGCGCGUGCACGUUCAUGCUGAGUGAGGCUGCUGGGUGGUGGUUGUCAUGGUGACAGGUUGAGGUGACUUGACGGGAAGUGCCAUAAAAAAGUUCAUGUUUGUACGAAAAUAUCCAGGGAUGUGUCUAUUUACUGGUAUGGUUUCUUGUCCAUCUAAAGCCCAGGAACUAGUCUAUUUACUAGGAGUAGGGAUGUGUCUCUUUUUCGUCACUGGUGCUGCUGUAAUAUUUAACUGAAUGAUGGAUUGAAAGUUCCAUUUUGGGCAAUAGUACAGCCAAGUGUCGCGAAAACGUCAACCAAUGACAGCACAGUCCAACAGCAGGAAGAAGAAGAAGCAUAUCGCUGUGAUUCAGUAUUUAGACAGGGCCUGGGCUGGUCAAUUGACACAACACUGGGUCACUAAAUAAAUAGUCUUCUCGUGAACGAACACACCCAUAAACCGAGUCCCCGGGCCCGUGAAUAGCUACACAUACGGACCAGUAAGUGAAUAGCCACACUUCUGUGAUUCGGUAAAUAGACAUAUUCCCGUGAUCUUGUAAAUUGACAAAGCACAGCAGCGGGAAGUUCACAGGAAAAAAAAAAAAAAAACUUGACGUUUGCCAGCAUUAGCGCAGUGUUGCCAAGUUGUCACGAUUAAAAUAAAUGUGCCAGUGACGUGAUUGGUUGCCAACACCUUCCUCGCCCAUGUGUGAGCAGCAAGAAACAGAUGGUGACGAGCUGCAGACACACA